CUCCGCUAUUCUGUGAGCGAGCGCUACCCUACUCCUCGGCAGCUGUUCCUGAAGUUUGACAAGUCCAAUGAGUUCUCACUCAUUGUUGGAAAUGUACCGGCUUACUUGCCCAAGGGCUUUGUUGAAGGCUUUCUGAAGCAAUUUGUGCAAGUGCCUAUUACUGAAGUCAUAGAACAAAGAAGCAAUGCAUUGGAUGGAUCUCUCAAUCAUGGCCAACUUACUUUAUCGGUGCGUUUUGAAGAUCCAAAAGGCGUUAGUCUCGCGCUUUCACAAUGUCAAGAAGCAGGACCAUUUCGAGUGUGUGACUUUGUCGACCCCGAAGUGCCAUCGGUUCUUCAAAAUUCUGUUGCACUUUAUCGAAAACUUUUCCCUUCUGCGGAGGAAAUACAAAAAUCAGCCAUGGAUUUCAUCCAGAAGCAAGAUGAGGAAAUGCAGGAGGCUAAGAAAGCUGCGAAACGGAAGCUAACAGAACCAGACGAGGAGGGCUGGAUUACCGUGACGAAAGCCGCAAAACGGGUUGGUAAAGUUAUGAAGUUGAAGAAGGACGAAGUGCCGUUCAUGGGCGGACUAAAGAAAAAGAAGAACCAUGUCGAUAUCGCAUUUUACUCGUUCGACAAGAAGAACACCAAAAACGAAAAAACUCAAUGA